GGACGACAACCGAACUACAGACUGAUGGCAUCGCUGCAGCCUCCAGUAAGAACAGCCCUAUCUUGUACCUUUUGUCGUCAGAAAAAACUGCGAUGUGAUCGUCUCCAACCAUGUAGCAGUUGUGUCAAGCGUGGUCUAGAAUGUGUCUAUGCCGGGCCAGCUUUGGCGGCUUCACGUCGCAACCCUCCUGCGUCAGCGCGGCACUUGAGUCAACGCAUUCGGCAACUCGAGGAGCUUGUGACGGUCUUGCAGAAGGGUGGGCGCUCGAGCCACGAGGGUAACCCCCUGCACACGGCGCAGGAGAGCCAGAUUGGCCAUGCAGAUGAGCAAGACGCAAUCACCAGCUCGUUGGGAAGCAUGCGUGUGGAUCCGACGGGUAUGAGCUAUGUUUCGGGUGCGCACUGGGCUGCACUUCAGGUUAGCAUCGCUGAGAUUAAGGAGUGCGUUGACUCUGAGUCACCUUACACUACGUCUGAUGCAGAUGCCGUCCCGCAAGGUUCCGCGUUGCUACUGGGGCUGUCUCCACCGGGUGGAAUGGAGGGGAUCCUGGCUCAUAUCCCGCCACGACCCAUCGUUGACCGGUUAGUAUCGCGGUUCUUUAGUUCAAUGGAACCAGGUGUUCUGAUCAUCCACGCGCCUACCUUCCAGCACGAGUAUGACCACUUCUGGACCGAACCCCAGUCCAUCAGCCCCACAUGGCUCAGCCUCCUCUUCAGCAUAAUGAACCUCGCGAUCCACCUGCACCAGCGCACCGAAGGCUCCACCACCCCGGACCCCAUCGACAACAAUAACAACAGCACCACCCCCGCAACCCAAUGCGAGACCUUCCGCCUGCAAGCCGCCUACUGCCUCGUCACCGCCAAAUACACCACCCCAACCAAAUACACCCUCGAAGCGCUGGCCCUGUACACGCAAACCGAGUACUUCCGAAGCAAAGACGCACAGCACGAAGUCUGGCUCCCGAUGGGAAUGACCAUCCGCCUCGCGAUGCGGGCCGGGCUCCACCGCGACGGCGCAGGGUACUCCCCACGACUCUCCUGCUUCGAGGCCGAAAUGCGCCGGCGCCUGUGGUCGCUCGUGGCGCAGCUCGACGCGCUGUUCUCGUUCCAGAUCGGACUGCCGCGCAUGAUCGCCAGCGGGGUGGCCGACACGCGGCCCCCGCGCAACCUGCUGGACGAGGACUUCGGUCCACCCUCCACCAGUCUCCCGCCACCCCGCCCAGAGACCGAAUUCACGCCGGUCCUGUAUCUCAUCGCCAAGAGCCGGCUGGCGGAGGUCUUCGGCCGCAUUGCGGAUCACGUCGCCUCGACACACCCCACAUCCCCCAGUCAGGUAAGUCAACUGGAUCAGCAGCUCGAUGCCGCCUACGCGGGGACGCCGGCGGUCCUGCGGUUCCGCGAGGUCGGCGCCUCGGUCACGGAGCUGCCGCAUCUCGUGAUGUUACGCUAUAAUCUCGAGAUCCUCUACCAGAAGUCGCGGUGUAUUCUGCAUCGGCGAGGACUCGGCGAGGGCCGCCGCUUGGAGCUACGAGGUGCCGCGUCGUCGAGGGGAGUGUGUCUGGACGCCGCGCUGCGGCUGCUGCGGCAUCAGGCGACGAUCGACGCGCAGGUUCAGCCGGGCGGGGUGCUGGCGCGGUGUCGCUGGUUCGUGACCUCGUUGACGACCCAUGAUUUUAUCUUUGCUGCCAUGGUGGUGUGUUUCGAGCUGCAUUUGCGGAGGCGGGAGGGCGGGGUUGGCUUGCAUGCUUACAACCCGGGGACGGAGGCGCUGCUGCUCGCGCUACGCACUUCACAGGGGAUCCUGAGUCAGUAUCAGGGGGAGUCGGCGGAGGCGAGGCAGGCCUGGCUGGCCAUCAGCGUCAUGGUGCGGAAGGUGGAUGGCUCGGGCGAGGAUGCAGUGGCAGAAGAUGACAGCGGGGUUAAUUGUACUGUGGGAUUUGGGGGCUCAGAGACGGUGAAAGAGCCGGACCAGGAGAACGACAUGCUGGGUCACGCUAUGUCUGCGCCAAGUAUGCACUCCAGUAUUGUGCCGUCGCUUGAGGACUUUGAUUUCUCUGAACUGCCGGGCGACCUGUUUAAUAUGUGGGAUCUCUCGGGAGAUACUAAUUGGGUGUUUGCGGAUGUUUGAAUCGUACGAGAAUGUGUCCUAGGGUUCGCGGUGGGUGAUACUGUAGGAAAGGAACCGAGGCGUCCAUCGAUGGCAGGAUAGAAU